AUGACCAAUCUUUUACAUUUAGACUCGAUUACCAUCUACUUUAAGAAACACUCAUACCUUUCUCUGUUCAAACGGUCUUCCUUUAUUGAUCUGCGAACCCGGUGGUCAUAUGCGCGAUCAGCCGGUGACAAGCCAGAGUCACAAUUAGUCAUUGAGGCCGGCCUGAAAUGGAUAUUGGGAGGCUGCUUCGGACUGAAUCUCAAUGAGGGUUCAUAUGCUCCCAUUCCACCAGUGCUUUAUUUCAUCAUGGAACUCCAGUACCCCAACAAGGGGUAA